AUGGGUAAUACAGUAUUUCGAGAAAGACGUGCUCCUCAAAUCCCAGAACCCAUGCCAUACAAUCGUUCAUAUUAUCGUGGUCAACCGGACUUUGUUCCACGAUCACAUCAUUUUGCCACCCAUGAAGCACCUUGGAAUGUAACACAAUGGAUCGAUCCAAUCGAACCUCACCCUAAAUUGACUUCCAUUCCUGCUUUAUUAGUUGUGCGUAAAUGA